AUGCCUUUUGCAAGGUAUUACGACAUCUUGGAGGUGCCCCAAAAGGCAAAGAAGGAGGAGAUUAAGGAAGCGUACCGACGCCUUGCGAAACGAUACCAUCCGGAUCGGAAUGUUGAUGAUCCGGAGGCGGCGUUGCCUGAAAGCCUCCUGCUUCUAAUCCGGCAUACUCGAAGCGACUCCUGGAAGAAGGCCCUCUACGACCAGGACCUGCAGUUCAGCAAGUUCGGCACCGGGGUCACACAAGAGGUCGAGAGAGAAAGGUGGACGGAGCAUUGGGAGAAGGAAACUCCGGAUGAAAGAGAAGCGCGGAAGGAACGUUAUCGGAGAUAUGCGGCCGGUGAGCGGAAUGACAUUCCCUUUGAGACUCGGCAGAUAAAACUGGAUCCCCCAUCGCCGGAAAGUGCGAUCCCAAUGCGCAAACAGAUGUUGGGGUCUGCGCUGACCGCCCCUUUCGAAGACUGGAAGCAUCGUCGCUGGGCAUGCGGUGAAUGCGCACUCUCACCCAUCUCUGCAAAACCUGACAUCCGCGACCCUCCGUGGGCCAAGUUCAUCGACUUGGAGAUGACGGCAACAUGCAUGCGAGAUUUCCAAGUGCCCGGCAGGGCUUUGGUCGUCGGCGGUGUCUUCUACUUGUGUGUGAAGGCACGCGAUGUCGCAGCCGAUCAGGCGCCUGAGUGGCAGGAAGGCCAACCGCACUUCUGCGACCCGAUGUUCGACGACAAGAGUGUGCCCCUGGUCCGUGCUUUCCAUGAUCCCGUGCGGAACCGCUGGGAGCGGCUCCCGGAGGGCCAAGAGCCACCGACGCCCCGGCAGCUCUAUGCCUACUACCAAAAGAAAAUGCCGGAACUCAUGGAGGAGGUGGACGUCCGGAUCCUUCCGAAGGCAGUGCAGAAAGUCUUGAACGUACCAAGAACUUCUGCGGCAACACUCGCUUGUUUACUGUCCCAUGCAUGA